AUGCCCCUACAAAAUUGGAUUUCCAAAAAGUUCAAACCUUCAAGAAUUCAAGAUGACUCCUGCUGCAAGAUUGUUGUGGUCCAAAGCAGUCUCUACACUCCAUUUAUUAAACUCCAUUCAUCGCUGAAAUCAUGGAUCAAGCGUUGUAUUCGUAUUAUAUGCAGCUACCAAGGCAGCGGUAACAGGGCGGCCCUCUCACAGCCCGAAGCCCAGAAUGCUUUCCUAGGAGCCGGCCAGCGCGUCCCAGCCAUGCGUCUCUCCGCGCGCCGCUUGGCACUGUGGUGGCUCUCGGCGCUCGUCCUCCUUCCACCGCAUGUCUCGGCCGAGUGCCUGGUGGAAUACAGCGGGGAAGAGAAGCCUUGUACCAGCGAGUGCAUAGUGCCCGAUGACCCCACGCAGAUGCCAUUUUGCGCCACGCACAAGCUAGGCAGUUCUCAAACUGGAAGUUGCCAUGCUGCUUGUGACAGUACCUAUUGCAGUGACGCGUGUAUGCUUAGGAUAGACGAACUGCUAAGUGGCGUAGCAGCAACCACACCUACAACCCAAGUGGUAGCUAGUGCAACUACAGCGCAAAUAGGUGGUAGUACAACCACAACUAUAACGCAAAUGGUAGAUGAUUCAACCACUACAACGCAAGUAGCUGAUGGUACAACCACGACUGUAACGCAAAUGGUAGAUGAUUCAACCACCACAACGCUAGUAGCUGAUGGUACAACGCAAACGGUAGAUGGUUCACCUUCAACAACCGUGACGCCGACUACCAAGCAGGUGGUAGAAAGUACAACUACACCGCCUCGAAGUGAUGGAAGCACAACGACAGUCGGAGUCUCGACGACAAUUCUUCCCACCGUGCAAGCAUCUGGCAGCACAGACAGUGGUACAAGUACAUCGGUAUCUGCCUCGCCAGAGAGUACAAUUGAAGAUUCCAACGCAACAUGGAGUACAACAGACACGCCAACGUCAGCUGGUACUACAUUCCCUACGUCUUUUAUACCAAGUACUAUUUCGCCGCUGACAACUGAUGCUUUUGAAUUUAAUGGCUACUAUCAUCUAAUCUAUCACAAAAUAUGACACUUAAUCCACUAUUGUUCAUUAUCAUCUCCAUUUUAUUUAAUAUUAUCUGUCUUUUUCUAUUCUCUCAAUGCUUUUUUAUUUUCCUAAGCUACUUUUCUACUCGUUUUUGGUGUGAAUGAAUUCAUGGAAGUGAAAAUAAUAGGACGUAUUUCUAAUGUUGCUAAUAAUUUAGAUGUCAUUAAGUUACUGACAAAGCUAACUGACAUCUGUGAUAAAAUGAUAAUAGUAAUAGUGAAUACUACCAUUAUCAUAAGCCACACUGAAUUACU